GUCAUUGCUGAGAGCGGUCGCUGGGGGCAGCGUCUAGUUGUGUUACUCUUGCGGUAUUUCUCUUGAUCACCUGAUAAACGCAAAAAUGGCUGGCCGGCUAAUGCAAGCAGCGAGAUGCCCGACAGAUGAACUGUCUCUCACCAACUGUGUGGUUGCAAGUGAGAAGGACUUCAAAUCUGGGCAGCAUUUGACCGUUAAAACCACACCCACUCAGAAAUUUGUGUUCACGGUUCGAACUCACCCGAGCGUGGUCCCGGGAACCAUUGCCUUCAGUCUACCCCAGAGAAAAUGGGCUGGACUCUCUCUAAACCAGGACGUGGAAGCGAGUAUCUACAACUUUGAUUCGUCAAGACAGUAUGUGGGAACCAUGACGCUAGAGAUUGACUUCCUCCAGAAGAAGACCGUUGACAGCAACCCUUACGACACAGAUAAAAUGGCCAUUGAAUUUAUCCAGUUUUUCAACGCACAGGCCUUUAGCAUCGGCCAGCAGUUUGCCUUCAGCUUUUGUGACAGGCUCUUCGGACUGGUCAUAAAAGAUAUCGAGGCAAUGGAUCCCAGCAUCCUCAGGGGCGAGCAAAGCUCUAGCAAAAAACAGAAGAUUGAGAUUGGUCUGUUGCACGGCAACAGUCAGGUGAUUUUUGAGAAAGCCGAGAGCUCAUCUCUCAAUUUGAUUGGAAAAUCAAAGGCCAGAGGGUCUCGGCAGUCCAUCAUCAACCCUGACUGGAACUUUGAGCGCAUGGGGAUCGGAGGCCUGGACAGGGAGUUCUCGGACAUCUUCCGUCGGGCCUUCGCCUCGCGAGUCUUUCCUCCAGACAUAGUGGAGCAGAUGGGCUGCAAGCACGUGAAGGGAAUCUUGUUGUUUGGGCCGCCCGGCUGUGGUAAAACCCUGAUGGCACGUCAGAUUGGAAAGAUGCUGAAUGCUAGAGAGCCGAAGGUGGUCAACGGGCCAGAGAUUCUGAACAAAUAUGUGGGCGAGUCAGAGGCCAACAUCAGAAAACUGUUUGCUGAUGCCGAGGAGGAACAGAAGAGAUUGGGGGCCAACAGUGGCCUGCACAUCAUCAUAUUUGAUGAAAUUGAUGCCAUCUGUAAACAACGUGGCAGCAUGGCAGGCAGCACUGGGGUCCAUGACACUGUAGUCAACCAGCUACUGUCCAAGAUCGAUGGUGUAGAGCAGCUCAACAACCUCUUGGUUAUUGGGAUGACCAACAGGCCUGACCUGAUUGAUGAAGCCCUCCUGAGGCCGGGAAGACUGGAGGUCAAAAUGGAGAUAGGCCUGCCUGACGAGACCGGCCGUGUUCAGAUCCUGCAUAUCCAUACAGCAAAGAUGAGGCAGUCAAACAUGCUGGCCAAAGACGUUGACGUAAAAGAGCUGGCUUUCGAGACCAAGAACUACAGCGGAGCAGAGCUGGAAGGGCUUGUUCGGGCUGCCCAGUCGACUGCCAUGAACCGUCACAUCAAGGCCACUACUCAGGUGGAGGUGGACACAGAAAAGGCUCUCACUCUGCAGGUCAGCAGGACUGACUUCUGGGCUUCUCUGAAUAAUGACAUCAAGCCUGCAUUUGGCUCUAAUCAGGAGGAUUACGCCAGUUACGUCAUGAAUGGUAUUGUGAAAUGGAGCAAUGAUGUGUCUGAUAUUUUGGGAGAUGGAGAGCUACUGGUGCAACAGACCAAGAACAGUGAACGCACACCGCUAGUAACUGUGCUCUUAGAGGGGCCUCCUCACAGUGGUAAGACCGCACUGGCGGCCAAGAUCGCAGAGGACUCCCAGUUCCCCUUCAUCAAGAUCUGCUCUCCAGACAAAAUGAUCGGCUUUUCAGAGAUCGCCAAAUGUCAGGCCAUCAAGAAGAUAUUCGAGGACGCCUACAAGUCCCAGCUGAGCUGUGUGGUGGUGGACGAUAUAGAACGACUCCUGGAUUUUGUUCCCAUUGGGCCACGGUUCUCUAACCUUGUGCUGCAGGCUCUGCUCGUAUUAUUGAAGAAACCUCCUCCUCGGGGUCGGAAGUUGCUGAUUCUUGGCACAACUAGCAGAAAGGAUGUUCUGCAGGAGAUGGGCAUGUUGGACUCUUUCAGCACUACAAUCCACAUCCCUAAUAUAUCUAGAGGAGAACAUCUCAUGGAGGCCCUGGAGCUUCUUGGGGGCUUCCAGGAAGAAGAGCGAGCAACUAUUGCAAAACAGGUGAAAGGACAAAUGAUGUGGCUGGGCAUUAAGAAGCUGCAGAUGCUUAUUGAGAUGUCACUGCAGAUGCCUCCGGAAUACAGAGUUAAAAAGUUCUUGGCACUACUAAUAGAAGAAGGAUCGUUGGGCUCUUCUAAAUCUGGGGCAAUAUAGCCUCGGAGUGCAAAAUACAUACCAAGGCUAUUUUGAAGCAGUUAAAGGAGUCAGGGAAACACUGGGUGCACUUGAGAGAUGGAGACUCUCUAUCCCUCACUUUCCUUAAGUAUAGUGUACUAAACGGCACUGCCCCCUGUUCAACACUAGCUCCUCGAUUCCAUAGUGCAUAGGGUCUCAUAUUUGUACAGGAAUUUUGAAAUAGCACAUGCAUGUAUAUGAGGACCCAUAGGGUUUUUAUGUAUGUAUAUAUAUAUAAAAUGUAUCAUAUUUAUGAUAUGUGUAUUUACUGACAGGAAACAUUCCUGUCAAUGAUGCCUUACUCCUAAAAUUG